AGAACUCAAGAACAAAACCACUUCCUGUGCGUAUACUCCUUCUGAACUGGACGAAAAUCACCUAAAAAACCAUCUAAAAAAUGGUUCUACAGGACGACUCGGACCUGGAACAACGUUACAAUGAUCUAUGUUCCGAUUUGAAUAUGGAUCAAAAUACAAAGGAGGAGUCUUGGAAUGCUUAUGAAAAUAUACGAUCCCAAUAUAGCUUGGAGGGGGAGCAGCUGCACUGGCUUGCCGUGGCCUUAUGGAGUGAAAGCAGGAUGACUGUUCUAUCUACUGUUGAUAAUAAUACUGUUCAAGGGAAUUGUGUCAGUUUAACGAGAUUAUUACGAUCUUCUAAACUGGAGGAAUCAGAUUUCUUUAGAAAGAUGCACUCUUGGGCAGAUAUGACAAGUAUGCCGCAGGAUUUCAGAGCAAAAAUGCAACAAAUUGAAAGAUCGUUCGAUGUCACAUUCGUGAUUUAUAAAAAGUAUCAGACGCUGUUUCUAACAGUAUUUCAAAAGCCAGUAUGGGUACAAAGAGUUCAAACAAAAGGAAGAAAACUAAAAUUACCAUGUACUGCUAAUGACGUCUAUCAAUUCUGUUGGUCAUGUUACAGCCUAGCAAGUCGGACAGAUUUAAUUAAUCCCAACUUUAGACAAUAUCAAGUGCAGUUUAUGGAAUCCAAUCCUGGUUCCAUCUCAAACAAGCACCCUGACGACUUUAAUAUCAUUCAUUGGUUAUGCAAUCAUUACGAUGGUAUAGGAAUCGAAGCGUAUAACCUUCGGACUCAAAAAUGGUUGCCCUUUAUCUAUUCUCUAUUCGAGAAAGGUCAUCUUAGGGGUAGUUUGGAUACAUUAAUGGGUGUUUUGGAACAAACGAAUUUUGAAUUUUCUCGAAAACAAGUGAAUAAAUUAUAUGACGAAUACGUUCUGACGAAGGGCGAUGUUGACGAUAGAAAUUUUGCUCAUCCCGAUACCGAAUUACACGAACGCACCCAAGGUCCUCCAAAUGCCGUUGUCAAUAUGGCAGAAGUCAGAAGAACUAACGUUGAGAAAACAAGAAGGAUGGUCUACACUCACACUCUCCAACCGAAAACUCCUUUAACUGGUCGACGUUACAUGAAAGAAGCCACUAAAACGGGAUCAGAAACCCCAGUUUCAACAGCAACGCAAACUGUCAACAAAUUACAUUCGCUAUUGGCUGGGGAGAAACCGUCUCCAUCUGAGAAUCUCUUAGUUAUAUUCGAAAAAUGCCAGAGAAAUCCUAAAGAAUUUAUUGAAGAAUUAGUUGCGAACCUUUCUUCUGAAUUUUGUAAGGAAUUUGGAAAUGAUAAUUUUGCCAUACAAAGAAUUAAGCUGGCCAAAUGCUUAUUUUAUAAAAUUCUUCUGGGAGUAAUGAAAAAGGAAAAAGAAGAUCUGACAGCAAUUCUAGAGAAAGAAACAUUUCACAAAUGUCUAUUUGCCUGCGCAAUUGAAGUGGUUUUAUUUUCGUAUAAUUCGCAAAAAACCUAUCCCUGGGUAAUAGAAACAUUUGAAUUACCUCCAUUCAAUUUCUACAAAGUUAUUGAGUUAGUGAUAAGAGCGGAGGAUCAAUUAAGUCGGGAAAUGGUUAAACAUUUAAAUAGAAUUGAAGAAUCAGUCUUAGAAUCUGGUGCAUGGUCGUAUAAUAGUCCGCUAUGGAGUUAUUUAGAGAUAUCUCCUGUUCCAAAAUGUGAAGAAGUCAUGCUUCCCGCCAUUCCAGAUCCCCCGCAACCUAAAAAGGUUACUGAAACAAGAUUAGUGGCAAACGACAAAUUUGCUAGCCCUCAUGCUGGAGUGACUCCUAGUCGGGGAAAUGAUACAUAUAAAUUAGUAACAACAAAAGACGGUAGAAGGUUACUGGUCCCUGUUCAAUUAAUUGGUAAACCUAUUACUACUAAACCGGUUGUUCUCUCUGCCGACACUAAGAAAGAAGAGUAUGAUACAUCAGUGAAGAUAACCGAAGAAGACGUACCGCCACUUCCCAUUAAAGAAAAAGAAAAAGAGAAGAGAACUGGUUCAAUUGCACUCUUCUUCAGAAAAGUUUAUUAUUUAGCUUGUAUGCGAUUAAGAGAUCUUUGCGAAAGAUUAAGAAUUGACGACGAUCUAAGAGCCAAGAUGUGGACAACAUUUGAAUUUAUAUUAACAAAGCAUGUCGACGUUAUGAAAGACAGGCAUAUCGAUCAAAUGAUCAUGUGCACAAUAUAUGCGGUUGCAAAAGUGACUGGAUGCAGUACAUCCUUUCAAGAUAUCAUGACUUUUUAUAGAUUACAACCUCAAGCUGAUAGUCAUGUUUACCGAAGCGUUCUUUUAUCAAGACGCGGAAUUUCUGGGUCUUCGGAAGACGAUGAACCGGAUAGAAAAAAAAUGAGAUCUUCCUCUACGCUUCCUGCACCGACUAGCGCCCCUCCAACUCCCACCAAGUUAACCGGAAGUUCUUCCGCUGUGUUCGAUCGAGACGAAAGAGGCGACAUAAUACGCUUCUACAAUGCUGUUUUUGUGAGUCGUGUCAAAGAAUUUGCUGUUAAAUUCUCACCACACAUAUCAGAUGCAAAUAACGAAUCGACCCCUUUAACACCGCUUCCUACAACAAGGCCUUUUUCAACUUCUCCUCGUAGGGUAGGCAACCAAAAGGUGUACGUUAGCCCUAUAAAGCAAUCGAACGCAAAUAACUUUACACCGAGACAAACGCUUUUUUAUCAUUUUCACACAUCGCCAGCUCGUGACCUUGCAGCAAUAAAUGAUAUGUUACUAAAUAGAAUGAAUGCAGUUGGAUCAACAAAGAGAAAUUUAAGAGAUAUGAUGGAUAAAGAAGAUGAAACGAAUGCAGUAAAGUUAAGCGCUAUUAUGACUAAUAAGUUGAUGAAUCGUUAA